AUGUCUUCUCCAGACGACAAUGAGAACAAGGCUCCGGUCAACGAUCCGACCAAAAUCACGUUGGCAAAACUAAUCGGCGCCGCGUUCGCGACAACGAUGGGGACACUUGGCAAGGCUGUGUUGGGAGCGAGCCAGGAGACGUCACGGAUGAGUCCAGAGUUGCAGAAAAAGGUGGAGGCGAUGUACGCCAACCUCACCCCCCACAACGACGUGUUCCCAGCAGCACCAGCCGACGGAGACAACGUGAUACCAACGGGACGACUCGUCCGAUGCGUCUGCACUCCCGAUUGCACAAAAGAGCUCCCACAACCCGAAUAUCGACUCAUCGGACAGACGGAAGAAGACGCGCGUUGGAUGGUGAAACCGAAUUCGAAGAUGAUCGUCCCCCUGGUGACGAAGGGAAAUGGCAACCCGAUUGGAAUCAAUCUUCAAUUGAAUGUGAUGGAUGAAACGGGAAAGAAGACGGUUACGAAGGUGACAUUUGUUCGUAGACGACGCUGA